AUGAGGUACUGUAGUUCCCCCAAUUCUUCUGCCGAUGACCUCAAGAAACAUGUAAUGGAGGUUUUCGAGGAAGCCACCAAAGACUGUGAGGACGAGUACUUGACUAGAGUAUUCGGCACGAUUGCGGACUACAACUCCCUUAACGAUUGUGUAAUUAAGUUGUUCGAUGCUAUGGGAGGUAUCGGCAUCAGUGACAAAGCCAAAGAGCUGUCUAAGUCUGUCUCUAACUUGGACAUUCUGUCUCCAGUGGCUAUCUUCAACAUGGUCAUUAUGAUCUACUCUGAUGCUCGCAAUGCCAAGGGUGCUCUCAAGGUCUACCAUCACAUGAUAGCCACUGGUGUCACCCCCGUCUCCUUCACUUACACGAUACUCAUCUCCACACUUGCACAAGAUUUUUCCGACGUAAAUUUCCUUGGGUAUGCCAAGAAGUAUUUUCUUGAAAUGUUGGAUAAGGGGAUGAAGCCCAAUCCUACACCCUACAUCAAUGUUAUGGAUGCCAUUGCCUACCGAGAGACCGAGGAGAAGGCCAAGGUGUUUCUUGAGCAGAUAAAAGCCAAGGGGAUGUUAAAGUGUUCUUCCGAUGGCACCCAAAAGAAACUGGCAAACAAGAUGUACAAUGCUUUGGUAGAGGAUGGAAAUGUAAACGAGGCCUUUGAGUUUUAUAACACAAUUCAGGAGACGGGUACAGAGCCCCUGAUCCUAAUCCACACUUCCGUUAUUAAAACCUACCUUGAGUUUGGUAAGACCAGGGGUGCUCUGGAGGCGUACCUGGCCAUGUUAGCUGCUGGGGUUGCCCCCAACUCCUACACUUGCACCGUUUUAAUCAAGGGACUCAGUGCUGAGCCCAACUUCUUAGGCGAUGCCAAGAAGUUUUUGCUCGAGAUGAUGGACAGGGGGAAGCGGCCCAAUGCUGCUACCUUCACUGCGGUGAUAGAGGGCUUUGCAAAGCCGGAGAACAAGGCAGCUGAGGAGGAGGGAAAAGAGUUUGUGCAAGUAAUGAUCGAUAAGGGGUUUGUUCCUAAUGCAAAGGCUAUGAUGGACGUUUUAAAGGGUAGACCAACAUCUGUAAUUAGAAGUGCACUUGUUCUUUUCACCUUGAAGCAGUGA